UUCACGGGAAAAAUAGCGAAUACAUUGUAUAUGAACAGGACCGCGGUCACAUGAUUUUUGCAUUUUGUUCGUAAAAUUUUUUUUUAAAAAAUUCAAAAUUUAUUCGAAAUUCAUUUAUUCACAAGUAAAAAUGUCAUUAUCAACGAAACAAUUUCGUUCGAUACGAACAUUUGAAAAUAAAUUUGUCUAUAUGGAUGUUCAACUAUGUUUUACAAUCAAACAAUCGACUAUUGAAGUACGAGAAUUUAAAUUAAUUAUUAUGAAAGCAAUUGAUUCACUUUUAGGUGAAAUUGGUUCAAAAAUUCAAUUUGAUAUUGUUAAAUAUUGUUGUAAAGAUUUUCGUGCAAUUAUUCGACUAUUGGCAAGAGACUACGUUAAAUUACAUCUUUGUCUUUCAUUGUUGAACGAAUGGAAAGAUUCACGUUGUCAAUUUAUUAUUCACAAGUCAUCACAUUGUUUAGCAUCUAUUGUUGUAAACGAUUGUAUCGAAAAUAAUUUAAUAGAAUGAACCAAUUGAACUAAUUUCAUCAUCAUCAUCAUCAUCAUGAUUAAUUCAUUAUGGGAAAAAUAUGUUUCAAUCAAAACAAACCAAACAAAAACAAAA